CAUUAAUUCGUAAACCGAACAUUAAUUUUUAGUACCGUAAUCUCAUCUCUUUGUAUGUUUAUCAGCAACUAAUCGAUGUGAUCAUUCAGUUUCAAAUGCCUCGCUAGCAUUAGAUUACCCUAAUUGGAUGCUUCUCACCCCUGCGGCAGUGGGUACAUGGUAAGAAUGAAAACCUUAAUUUUAUUUCUUCAGACCAAUGGUACAAUCUUCAUAUAGCAAUAGCAGGUAUUCAAUAGUUACGGUAUAAACAUGUCUUCUCUGAUUCCUUUAUUGUCCCAUGCAUGUGUUACAUCCAGUAAGUAUGAAUAAGAAGCCCAACCAGAUUCGUUCGAUAGUCCAGUAAGGAGUUAGGCGUAAACUCAUACUCUCUAAGUGUAAAUUCCUCUAAUUGUAUAGAUCUCUUUUUUAACCGUUGCACCUAAUUUAUGAAAAUCUAAAAUUUAGGUUGAAACAAUGAAUCCAAAUGAGAUAUGUUUAACGAUUUCCGGUUCGAAAAACUAAAGUAUGGGUGUUACCUAUAGCUUCAAAUUUAGAGUAAUAAUCAUAUGAUAUAUGGCCGUCUCUCUCUCUCUCUCUCUCAUGUGAACCACACGCACACACACAACACUCGCAAUGGAAAACAGUCACAAGAAGCCUCACGCCAUCAUGAUGCCAUACCCUCUCCAAGGUCAUGUAAUCCCUUUCAUCCAUCUUGCCACAAAGCUUGCCUCUCAGGGAUUCACCAUUACCUUCGUCAACACUGAAUCAAUUCACCAUCAGAUAGCUAAAGCACAAUCUAAUACUAUUGAGGACGACAUCUUCGCCGGAGCUCGUAAAACAGGCCUCGACAUACGUUACACCACCGUGAGCGACGGUUUUCCGGUAGGGUUUGAUAGGUCCCUCAACCAUGACCAGUUCAUGGAAGGUGUCCUGCAUGUUUUCUCUGCCCAUGUGGAUGAACUCGUCGGAGAAAUAGUCCGAUCAGACCCACCGGUCACUUGCAUGAUCGCUGAUACUUUUUACGUGUGGCCGUCGACGGUUGCCAAGAAGUAUAACCUUCUUAAUGUUUCGUUCUGGACUGAACCAGCUUUGGUUUUGACUUUAUACUAUCAUUUGGACUUGCUCAGAAAAAAUGGUCACUUUGGUUCUCAUGAUAAUCGCAAGGACACCAUACAUUACAUACCCGGGGUUGAAGCAAUUGAAACAAGGGACUUGAUGUCAUAUCUUCAAGCUACUGAUAUAUGGACGGUGGUUCACCGGAUAAUCUACCGGGCAUUCGACGACGUGAAGAGAGCAGAUUUUAUUCUUUGUAAUACAGUGCAAGAGCUUGAAUCCAAAACAAUCUCAGCUCUUCAUCAAAAGCAAUCCAUCUAUGCCAUUGGGCCCAUCUUCCCUGCUGGCUUCACCAAGAGUUCUGUGGCUACAAGUCUGUGGUCCGAGUCGGACUGCACCCAGUGGCUCAACACCAAGCCUCAUGGGUCAGUUUUGUACAUCUCAUUUGGCAGCUAUGCUCACACUACUAAACAUGACAUUGUGGAAAUUGCCCAUGGGCUUAUGCUUGGUGAAGUGAAUUUUGUUUGGGUGCUUCGACCUGAUAUUGUAAGCUCAGAAGAUACAGAGUUUUUACCCAUUGGAUUUGAGGACAGCAUCAAAGAUCGCGGCUUGAUCGUGCCAUGGUGCUGUCAGAUUGAGGUUCUAUCUCAUCGUGCCAUUGGAGGGUUUUUAACUCAUUGUGGAUGGAAUUCGAUAUUAGAAAGUGUUUGGUGUGGUAUUCCACUAAUUUGUUACCCUUUGUUGACUGAUCAAUUCACUAAUCGUAAACUAGUGGUGGAUGAUUGGAAGAUUGGAAUUAAUCUGCACGAUAGGGAAUCGAUCACAAGGGAAGAAGUUGCCAAGAAGAUUGACUGUCUAAUGAGUGGAAAAACAUCGGAGGAAUUGAGGAGUGAGGUCAAGAAGAUGAGAGAGAUAUUAGAGAAGGCAUUGGCAACCGAUGGAUCAUCGGAAAAGAAUUUCAAUCAGUUCAUCAACGAUGUGAAUGCGAGUAUGUAACAAAGUGUGAAGACCCAUCAUCCGAUCAUGCUAAAGUUUGUCAAUAGUUAUCAAAAAAAUUACUUUAAUAUCAUUUGAAUGUCAAAAACAAAAAUAAUCUCUCACGUCAGAGUGCAAAGAGUUGUUUUUUUUUUUUUUU